AUGGCUCCACUUGACUUUGACAAAUCGGCCAAUGUUGCGUCACUGGCGGGGACUUGGCUGGGAACUAUUUUCACCGGUGUCGGCCUGCUUGCUGUAUUGACCCAGCUUCGUAGCUUGCUGCUGUAUGUGACUGCGGAGAACCGACGAUGGAAAGAAAGGGCCGCUGGCGCGUGGGCCAGUUGCAUUCUGAUGGACCAGUUGCCCAGCAAUGGGAUCCAAGAAGGCGUAAUUCCUACGUUUUCUGGCUGGCUACAGCAUUUCUACUUGCAAGAGAAGACCAUUGCCACAUCGCAAGACGAUCAUGGAGUAUGUGGGAAAAGUUCCUGGAGUAAUCUCUUUGGUCGGAUGGAUAUAAAGGCUGCUGAUCUAGACGCAUAUGGUGGGUUGAGACCACAGCUAGCUCCAACGCGGAAACGUGUCAUUUCGGGUCGUAACCUCUGGAUCCGCCCUUUAAGGUCGGGACUCGGAGAUGCGUUAGUUGAAAAUGGGAGCAUUUCCUACGGCUUCUCGGCGCCAGAGUUUGCAGCACUGAUCAUCCUCUGCGGUUUCCGUCCUGGAGACUUCGCGCCGCAGAGCUCACGACAUUCGACGUCUUUCUAUGGCCAGAUGCGCGUCGCCGACUACGGACCGUUCUCGCAGAUUGCGAAUUUCGACUCUCAUCAUGGAUUCCGUGACGCCAUCAGGAGCGUUACGACGGGUAUGCGUGACGUUCCCGUUGCUCACAGCCUUGACCUUGCGUUUGGUAUGAUUCCUAUCGAGGGUCGUCACGGAAGGGGAUGGGUAAUUCCCCGUGAAUGGAACACCGUGCCGGACAUGCAGUUCCAUAAGUCUUCGACGGAGGUCUGGAGUGGAUAUGCGUUGCCACAGCAACUCAAAACGAUUCAGUACUCCUUUGAGCGCUUUGUAGGUACCGGAGAGCUGGCGGUUGCGGAUUACGCGCAAAGGAAUGACGUUUUUGAGGCCGAUGAUGUUCUGGUAAUGGAAAAUCUGAUAUCUUCGAGUGGACUUACUUCGGUAGCGCAAUGGUCCGCUGGAAAAUCGGGACCCAAGUCUGCAAACAUAGCGAGGGAGCUGUUAAAUGCUACGCAUGCAAUAACCGCCAUUCAGCCUUGGGGUUUGUUGCCCGUCCUUCCAGAGCAUAUGGUGGUCGCUGUCAAAUUGAUUUUGGAUCCUUUUUAUAAGACGAGAGAAUUCACGAUUAGGGUCCUGCAACGUGAACUCGAGUUGAUACCGGACAAGACGUUUCGGUCCGAGGGAAGAACUGGCGAGGAACUAUCGCAAUCGCUCAAUCUCGUUACCGGCGAUAAGGAACGUUUCUUCAUUGACGAAAAACACAGCUUUCUGACCUCGACAUACCAUGAGGCGAUGUCUAUGGUCUUCCGACACAAGAACAUCAAGCUGGAGGAUAUCAGAAUCUCACUUGCUGCCGCCGUCGGAUCGAAAUUGUUCUGGCUCCGAGAGGGAGCGGAAGAAACCGAGCCUUUCCAGAGAAACGUGAGACUAUACUUAGAGCGUUGCUAUCUUCAGGCGGAGGAAACGGAAAAAUCGCGCAAUGUACCCGGGUGGGCUGUUGACAUAUAUGCAAACUACCUUUGGGGCUGGAUCACGGAUUCCAUACCUGCGGAUCCAGAGUUGACUAAUUAUUUUCGAAGAAGGGUCUUUCUUGCCUAA